AUGCUCUCGCGGCGCAUUGCCCUGCUCGCCCUUCCACUCGCGGCCACGGCCGUCAUGAUCGGGCCCACCGCUGACCUGCACAUCGUGAACGGUGUCGUCGCGCCAGACGGCUUCUCGCGGAAUGCCGUCCUCGCUAACGGGCUCCUCCCGGGACCGACGCUCAAGGCGACGAAGGGCCAGACUUACAACCUCAACGUGAUCGACCAGCUCACGGACGCGAGCAUGCUGAAGUCGACUAGUAUCCACUGGCACGGUUUCUUCCAAAACAACGGCUGGUCCUGGGCCGACGGCCCGUCCUUCGUGACGCAAUGUCCUAUCACGACAAACCACUCGUUCUUGUACUCGUUUCCCACGGGCGACCAGGCAGGCACGUUCUGGUACCACAGCCAUCUGCGGCGGCAGUACUGCGACGGGCUGCGCGGCGUCAUGGUCGUCUACGACCCGCUCGACCCCCACCGCCUCCUGUAUGACGUCGACGACGACACCACGAUCAUCUCACUCGUUGACUGGUACCACGACCCCGCGCCGGCACUGGCGAUUCCGCCGACGCUUGUCUCCACGCUCAUCAACGGCCUGGGGCGCUACGCAGGCGGGCCCACAUCGCAGCUCGCGGUUAUCACGGUGACGCGGAAUGUACGAUACCGCUUCCGCCUGGCGUCGCUCUCGUGUGACCCGAACUGGGUCUUCUCGAUCGACAACCACACGAUGACGAUCAUCGAAGUCGACAGCGUCAACCACCUCGCUCACACCGUCGACUCGAUCCAGAUCUUCGCGGGGCAGCGCUACUCGUUCGUGCUGAAUGCAAACCAGCCGGUGAACAACUACUGGAUCCGAGCGCAGCCGAACGCCGGCACGCUCGGCUUCGCCAACGGCAUCAACAGCGCCAUCCUGCGGUACGUCGGCGCGCCGGUCGCCGACCCCGCGACGCCGGUCGUGCCGAGCACGGCAGCGCUCGUCGAGCAGGACCUCCACCCGCUGAACCCGCUCGCGCUCGUGCCCGGCCUGCCGUUCCCGGGCGGCGCGGACAUCAAGCUGAACUUGCAGAUCGCGCUUGACUUUACGACCUUCCAGUUCACUGUCAACGGCGCGACCUUCACGCCACCAACUGCGCCGGUGCUGCUCCAGAUCCUCAGCGGCGCGCUGACUGCAACGGACCUGCUCCCGCCCGGCUCAGUCUAUGUUCUACCCCCUAACAAAGUGGUCGAGGUGUCCAUCCCCGGCGGGUCUAUCGGCGCGCCGCAUCCGAUCCAUCUCCACGGCCACAACUUCCAUGUUAUCCGCAGUGCCGGCAGCUCGGCGUACAACUUCUUGAACCCCCCGAUCCGCGAUGUCGUCUCGACGGGCCCCGACCUCACCGACAACGUCACCUUCCGGUUCGUCACCGACAACGCCGGCCCGUGGUUCCUGCACUGCCAUAUCGAUUUCCACCUCGACAUCGGGCUCGCGGUCGUCUUCGCCGAGGACACCCCGCAUGUCACGGCCUCGCAGCCGCCGGCGUGGAAUGCGCUCUGCCCCGCGUACGAUGCGCUCGCGCCGGGCGACCAGUAG